ACACGCACAACGCCCAAACUGGUGCGCACCUACACCCGCGCACACAACACAGACACGGACGUACACUUUGCACCUCUCUCACCGCACGUAGUCGCCAUGGUCGCUGUCACCGUGAUGAGGAAGUCCCGGAACUUCGUCGGGCCGUCUCCUCCGACGCCGCCGGCCGAGAUCACGACGACGCUCGAGCUGUCGUCCAUCGACCGCGUGCCCGGGCUGCGCCACAACGUGCGGUCCCUGCACGUGUUCCGCCGCCACAAGAACAGCGGGCCCGUCGUCGACGGUGAUAGCAGGAGGCCGGCCGCCGUGAUCCGCGCGGCGCUCGCCCGGGCGCUGGCGGACUACCCGGCGUUCGCCGGCCGAUUCGUCGGCUCCCUGCUGGCCGGCGACGCCUGCGUCGCGUGCACCGGCGAGGGCGCGUGGUUCGUGGAGGCAGCCGCGGACUGCAGCCUCGACGACGUGAACGGCCUCGAGUACCCGCUCAUGAUCUCCGAGGAGGAGCUGCUGCCUGCCCCCGAGGACGGCGUCGACCCUACCAGUAUUCCAGUCAUGAUGCAGGUGACUGAAUUCACUUGUGGAGGAUUUAUCUUGGGCCUUGUGGCAGUCCACACCCUUGCUGAUGGACUUGGAGCAGCACAAUUCAUCACUGCAGUAGCUGAAUUGGCCCGUGGCAUGGACAAGCUCAGGGUGGCUCCCGUGUGGGAUCGCUCGCUGAUACCGAACCCACCUAAGCUCCCUCCUGGGCCACCACCAUCGUUCCAGUCCUUUGGUUUUCAGCAUUUCUCCACAGAUGUCACCUCUGACCGUAUAGCUCACGUGAAGGCUGAGUACUUCCAGACCUUUGGCCAGUAUUGUUCCACCUUUGAUGUUGCUACUGCUAAGGUUUGGCAGGCCAGGACACGGGCCGUCGGGUACAAACCGGAGAUCCAGGUCCAUGUGUGUUUCUUUGCAAACACGCGUCACCUGCUCACGCAGGUUCUCCCAAAAGAUGGGGGCUACUAUGGCAACUGCUUUUAUCCAGUGACUGUGACAGCAAUAGCUGAGGAUGUUGCCACCAAAGAGUUGCUUGAUGUGAUCAAGAUAAUUCGGGAUGGAAAGGCGAGGCUCCCCAUGGAGUUUGCAAAGUGGGCUUCAGGGGAUGUGAAAGUUGAUCCCUACGCAUUGACAUUUGAACACAAUGUGCUUUUUGUGUCUGAUUGGACGAGGUUAGGAUUCUUCGAGGUAGACUAUGGGUGGGGUACACCUAAUCACAUCAUACCAUUCACUUAUGCAGACUACAUGGCAGUCGCAGUGCUUGGUGCUCCACCAAUGCCAAAGAAAGGGACCCGGAUUAUGACACAGUGUGUGGAGAACAAGUGUAUCAAGGAGUUCCAAGAUGAGAUGAAGGCCUUCAUAUAAUAUAUAUUAUAUGUGUAGUAGGUUGGAAUAAAUUUGCUAUUUAUGAGUAGUAUUUGCAGGGUCCAAUCAAUACCAUGCUUGUUGUAUUGUGUUAAAUACAUGAUAUAUGACCUGGACAAUUAUAUAUACGUGUGUUAAUUAAGUUAUAAGAAGUUUAGCUUGUGAAGUGCACCAUUAAUUAUUUGA